AUCAUUUGACAUGCCUCAACCAGACCUGACGACGACGGCGCUGUGCGUGUAGUGAUAUUGGCAAUUUUUGUCGACUACGAUCACGAUCAACAGCAUACAUGUGCGGUAGGCAAGGGAUGCAAUGUUUUGUGUAAACAGUUGGCUACGACCCAGCCACUCAAAAAAAGCCGUGUCUGACCGAUUCCGUCAUUCAAGUGGAAAUGUUACCUCAGUACGAACGACUCUCAGACGCCGAGGUGAGCGAUGCAGGCGGCCUGCGGAGAAGCAAUGUUCGUAUUCGCUUUGGUAAACUAGCCGUUGCGACGGUUAUGCUGCCGGUCACUGGCUUUCUGUUCUGUGUUGUCUGGUCUCUGCUGUACAACUUCGAGCAAGCGAAUGCGACCCACUGCCUGGUGUACAACUUUCUACCGUCGCUAUCGGCGGCCAUCGGAAACUAUCAGCCACAGCGGUUUGUGUGGCAGUUUUCGGUGCUGUUACACGCUCCGUUCCGGUACGCGAUCGCAUUCCUGUACAAAAACCAUCACCUCUCGCUACUGGCCCGAAAGCACCGCAAGGAGUGGGCCUACCUGGCGUGCAUGCUAAACAUCGUCGAGCUGAGCUCGCUGGUAGGAUUGAGCUUAUGGACUUCCAGCAACAGUUACGAAAUACACAAGUUUUGUUUCAGUGCCUUUGUGAUAUGCUCCAUCCUGUACAUGCAGCUGGUGGAAGUGAUCAAUCGACUGACUCGGGCCGAGGAAAUGCUGACGCUGGCCGAGCGUAAAUCGCUGCGCUUCAAGCGUCGACUCUUUUUGGUGAACGUGGCUUCCAUAGUGUUCGCGGUGUACUUCUUCGUGCGCCACAAUAACCAUUGUGAGCCGGGUAUAUAUUCGCUGUUUGCGCUGAGCGAAUACGUGUUCGUGUACUCCAACAUUGGCUUCCACAUGACGGCCUACUGGGACUUUAUCAACGCAAACGUGUACUUCCACUGGCGCACCGGCAUACACUUCAGCUCCGUUUAGAGCAGUUCGAACACGUCAUUGUGGCGUGCGUGAUCUCUACGCGAUGCUCCAAGUGUUGUUCAUCAGCGCCUAGCAUAUUUGAUCUUAUUAGAUAAGAUAGCAGCAACGAUACGCUUGUACAUAUGUAACUCCUUCUCCAUACGUUACGCUUGCGCUAGAUUGCGGUUCGGUUUUUAUUUAGAUUUUUUUUUUUGUUCUAUGUGCAUGUUCCCGUGUGCUUACUUUUGUAAGGAUGCGGAAAACUGUAACGGACCAGCAGCAACACUAUAAUGUACACGCGCGGGUGUAAUCACUUUCGUAAAAUAAAUUGUGACAACAAUUGGGUGGAAUAUGAUUCCACCCCAUUAGCAACGAAUAACAACAAA